AUGAUGGGCGACAAUCGCACCAAGCUGAACGAGCUGUUGAAAGAGGCGCACGUGAUGGCCUCCCUCAGGCACCCGAACAUCUGCCGCUUCAUUGGGGUGUGCACCGACGGCAGGCAGCGCGGCAAGCGGUACAUCAUCUCGGAGUUGUUGGACUGCUCCCUCUUCGACCUGGUGCACCGGCCGGGCAAGACCGACUGGAGCGGUGUGCUGGACCCGCUCCUCGUGAUGAGGGUGGCGGAGGGCAUCUGCGCAGGCCUCGCGUACAUCCACGAGAACAGCCUGGUGCACGCGGAUCUGAAGUCCUCCAACAUCCUCGUAGAUCUGUCCCGAGCGCGCACGCGCGGCGGCGGGCCUGAGCCGCGCAUCUGCGACUUCGGGCACGCGGCCGUGCGCACCGCGGCCUCCCCGCACGACAGGCUCUGCACCCCGCACUGGGCCGCCCCAGAGGUGCUGCGGAGAGAGGGCCUGGGCUCCGCGGCGGACAUGUACUCCGUGGGCGUGCUGCUCUGGGAGAUGCUCGCGAAGACGAUACCGCACGCCGACCUCUAUUUCGGGCAGGUGAUUGCCGUCGUGGGGUGGGCCGGCGUCACGCCAGACAAGAGCCUGCUGCCGUACGUGCCCGAUAGUUUGCGGGGCCUGAUGGAGGAUUGUCUGAGCUUCUUGCCGGACGAGCGUCCCAGCGCGUCGAAGGCGAAGGAGCGGCUGCAGAGGAUCCCGCGCAGGCUGCGCCUGCAGGUGAUGCAGAUGCUCGCCGGCUUCCUCCCCUGCGGCCACGUCUGA